AGUGGAAGGCGACUCUCGCGCAGCUACUUCGCUCCUUAGUUUAUUUACGAAAGACAUUCUGAUUUAUGCAAUACUUGCAUAAACCCUAGAAAACUUCAGUGUAAAAUAUUGUGUAACGUGUUAGUUCUCUCGGAGUGAUUUUACAGUGUUUACUGCUAUUUUAAAGUUCUAAACCGUUCAAAAGUUUUUAUUCGUUUUCAAAGGAGUGUUUACAAAUCACCAGAAUGAGUUUGAGUCGUUUACGUAGUGUCGUUAGGGCCGAUAUAGUGAAAGUUUCUUCUACAAGCGCGUUGGUGUCGAAAUUACGUGGACCUUGUUCGGGAAGGGACUUGAGCACAUCAGAGGCCCACCGCGUCACGAUUGCUCAACACACGCCAAAACCAGAUUGGAACCGCGCAGUGAGCGAAGCAGAGAAAAUCGUGGGAUACCCAACUUCUUUUCUUAGUCUCCGAUGGGUUAUGAGUGAUGAAAUUGCGAAUGUCGCUUUGCACUUGCGAAAAUUAGUCGGGAGCAAUCAUCCUUUAUUGAAAACUGCCAAAAACCUGAUCUACAAUGGCAAGAACAACAUGCAGGCGUGGGGGCUCAUCGUGCUGCUGGUGUCGAAGGCGGCCGGCCACAGCCCCGAGAUACCAGACAUGGAGCAAGACAAAGCUGCUGGAGUGUUACACAGCCAACGCGCAUUAGCCGAGGUGACGGAGAUGAUCCGGACGUCCCACCUGGUCCACAAGGCGCUGGUGAACAUGAACACUCGGCAGCUCACCGUGGCUGAGCCCGACGACAUGACCUUUGGCAACAAAAUAGCGCUGCUCAGCGGAGACUACCUGCUCGCUAAUUCGUGCUCGGAGCUUGCGAACUUGAGAAACCAAGAGCUCGUCGAACUGAUGUCGUCAGCGGUCCGAGACCUGGCCGAAGCCGAGUUCCUGGGGGAGCGAGACGAGCAGAACAACCCGCUGCCGUCGCGGCCGGUCGCUGGAGACGGAGAGCCACAUACAGAAUGGGAAUGCGUGAUCGACCCCCUCCCGCUAACAGGGGUAUUAGGGCGCGCGCGGCGCGAGUGGGCGGCGCGGCACGUGCUCGCAGCAGGCGCCUUGCUAGGCAAGAGUUGCUCCGCCGCGCUCAAGCUGGCCGGCCAUCAGCCCAAGCUGCAAACGCAGGGCUACCUCUUCGGCUGCCACCUAGCCCUAGCCUGGCAAGCCUUCCUUGACUUGGAACCGUUCUCCGGCCCCGAGCCCUCUCGUUUCUCCUUAGUCGGUGCCCCGUUGGCGUUCACUCUUCAAGCAAGACCCGAGCUGUACGAAUACAUCGAGGCUGGGCGGAAGAGCGUGCACGAUGUUGACUACCAUGCGCUAUACAAAGCGGUGCUGGAGGGUGACGGCAUCGAGCAGACCAAACAGCUCCAGCGAGAGCACAUCGCGACCGCCUGCGAGGUACUUGACAGUUUCCCCAACUGCGACGCUAGGACCGCUCUCACCAACAUCAUUGUCGCCAUGCAUCAUGACCACCUCUAG